AUGGAAACAACUUUGUUGUUAAAAUGCAAGUUGUACACGUGGGGUGCGAACAGUUACGGACAGUUAGGACAGGGUCAUUCCGAAGACCUCUCCGAGCCACGGGAGGCAGAGGGCGCCCUGCAGAGAGAUAAAGUCCGGUAUGUCACCGGGGGCGGCGGGCACACGGCCCUUAUUACCGAGUCGGGAGAGUUGCUGGUAUGUGGACAGAAUCAUAAAGGGCAGUUGGGCCUUGGUCAUACCUCAGAGGUCACGAAUUUUCAGCUAUGUCCUCUGCCCAGUCAGAGGGCUAUCCAACACGUGUGUUGUGGGUGGGACUUCUCUCUCAUCCUCACAGAUGGUGGGCAGGUUUUCGCAUGUGGAUCCAAUGCUUUUGGACAACUCGGCAUCUCCCAGACUUUAAAACACUCUACUGAACCUACACACAUCAAAUCUCUGACAGAGCCAGUCAUCAGUGUAGCAGCAGGACUCAGACACUCCCUCGCAGUAUCUGAUGCGGGUGGUGUGUAUCAGUGGGGUACUGGUCUCUCGAGUCAGGCCAAGCGAGCGCUGAGUCCACAGCCUGUCCCUCCUCACCUCACCUCCAAAGAGCCGUGUCUCAUCCCAGGGCUGGAACAGGUGAAUCCACAGAGAGUGGCAGCAGGCUCCGCCCACUGUGUGUGUCUCACAGGUGAAGGAGAGGUUAUUGUCUGGGGCAGUAACAAACACGGUCAGCUUUCGAACCCCGAGCCGUUUCUGCCUCUGCCUGUGGCUUUAGAUCGCGCACUGCUCGACGGAGAAAAAAUCACCAAUGUUCACAGCGGUUGGACACACCUCAUCGCACAGACAGAGCGUGGGAGGGUCUUCACGUGGGGAAGAGCUAAUUACGGACAGCUGGGCAGGACUGUGUCAGCCAAUGGGAGUGCUGAACAUGCGUCAGCUGACUCCCCAUCUGAGAGUUCAUUGGCCUGCGUCCCCACUGAGGUCAAGAGUCUUUGCGGAGCGACAAAGAUUUCAUGUGGAUCUGAGCACAACCUAGCUAUUGUGGGUGGUCGACUGCUCUCUUGGGGCUGGAACGAGCAUGGAAUGUGUGGAGAUGGUUCCCUUUGUGAUGUCACAGAACCACGGCCAAUCCCUGCGCUGGGAGAAACCAUACCUCUUCUGAUUGGCUGUGGUGCGGGCCAUUCCAUAGCAUUAUGUUGCAUGAAGAGCAGUGAGGAGACCUAAGCUGUUUCUAAAG